AGCACUGUGCGUUCAGACACCAGUUCACCAGGCCUUACUCGGACUACCGCUCAUCCCAACUUUCCACCUACCGACAAGCCAUUCAAUGGCGCUCUGCUCCCAGAGGCACCCAUCAUACUCAGCCCACCACAGACCACCAAACCGGACGUGUACUACUUAGUGUGGAGAUCGGGACGAGAUGGCGGUCUGCCUAUAAACGCGUACUUUGUGCGCUAUAGAAAGUUGGAUGAUGACGGCAAUGUGGCAGGGCCCUGGAAUUCCAUCCGCGUCCCGGCCAGCGAAAACGAGUUUCCUCUGACGGAGCUUGAACCAUCCAGUCUAUAUGAGGUUCUGAUGGUGGCCAGAAAUGCAGCCGGUGAGGGGCAGCCCGCUAUGCUCACCUUCCGAACCAGCAAAGAAAGGAGUUCAUCUCCCAAGAACACACCGGCACUGUCCCCUCCAGCUGGGGCCCCUAAGCAAACACCAUUCCAUGACAGUUUCAAUAGCAAUUUUGGAUUGGUGAAUCCAGAUACUUUCCGGCACAGCGGAGUCCCUGAAGCUCCAGAUCGUCCUACAAUUUCCAUUGCGUCUGAGACCUCCGUCUACGUCACCUGGAUCCCAAGGGCAAAUGGAGGCUCCCCAAUCACUUCUUUUAAAGUGGAAUACAAAAGAGCUAGGAGACUUUGGGUUACUGCCGCAGAGAACAUCCCUCCAUCAAAACUGUCCGUGGAGGUCUCCAAUCUAGAGCCCGGGGCAAUGUAUAAAUUUCGGGUCAUCGCCAUCAAUAAUUACGGGGAGAGUACACGCAGUUCUGUUUCACGACCUUACCAGGUUGCUGCGUACGGCAGCCGACUACCCAAUCCGCUGAUUGUUGGUCCUCGCAUUGACCACACGGAGGCGGUGACGGACACACAGAUAUUGCUGAAAGUGGACUUACAUUCCAUCAAACAACAACAACACUCCCAUCCAAGGCUUCUAUAUUUACUACCGGCCCACCGACAGUGACAAUGAUGGCGACUAUAAGAGGGACGUAGUGGCAGGAACAAAGCAUCAACAUUUAAUCAGGGAUCUGCAGCCAGAGACCUCUUAUGACAUCAAGAUGCAAUGUUUCAAUGAGAGAGGAGCCAGUGAUUACAGCAAUGUCAUGAUAUGCGAGACUAAAGCCCGAAAGAGCCCUGGCGCCUCAGAAUUCCCCCCUCUUGAGCUCAGCACAACGUCGGCUUCAGAACGGAACGCAGGAGGAAGCUCUAGCUCAUCCAUCUCUCUGGCACGGAGUGGGGACAUGCUGUAUGUCAUUGUUGGCUGCGUGUUGGGCGGGAUGGUCCUUAUAUUAAUGACCUUCAUUGCCAUGUGUCUCCUGAAACAUCGACAGCAACGCCUCAUGCACAAAUUUGAGCCGCCUGGCUAUCUAUAUCAAGGAUCUGAUCUAAACGGCCAGAUGGUAGAAUACACAACACUACCGGGAACCAACCGGAUUAAUGGAAAUGUCCACGGAGGAUUUAUUGGAAACGGGAAUAUCACUAAUGGUUGUCCUCACAUGCAUCACAGUGUACACAACGGCAUUAACGGCAUCAUGAACGGAGAGCUGUACCCAGCCUGCAGCAGUCCUCAUAAGGGGACAUGUCCAGACUAUGAACACUUACCUCAUAGUAUUUCUAACGGGGGCAUUCUUUAUACUGCCAUACCCCAGACAGAUCCCUCGGAAUGUCUCAACUGCAGAAACUGCUGCAACAACAACAGAUGUUUCAGCAAAACAAACGGCUCAUACAGUGGAAACGGUGUCGUGAGGACACCACUGCAAGAGAACCAGGACACAAAACAACUUCUACAAGAAGCCGUACCCAUGAUCCUGUCCUCUCAUGUGACUGAGUACGGGACACAGGCCGAGGAGGACAUACAAGAAAAGCCAUCAUCACCCUCUUUAUCAAGUCAGGAUGGGCUGAAAGAGAUUCAAGGAGAUUCUGACAUCUGUAUAAAGGAAGAAGAUGCCAUCUUGCCCCAAUCUCCUGAUACCCACUUUAAGGACUCACAGAACUGUGAUGAGAACAAAAGUUGGACGUUAGAAAACUCACUCGAUGACCUCACACAGCAACCUCUGACACAAGAGGCCUGA